CGAUCGGGACGACAAACAACCGCGAACUCUACGUGUUUAUCUUCUCUGGAAGUCCGUUUAACCUUUGCUUCGUGUUAUAAUGAAAAUAACAUCUUGAGCUCCGAGUCAAAAAUGCAAAUCAGCAGCGAUAGAACGUCACACAUGCUUUUCCCCGUGUGGAUCCUGUGUCCGGGGGAGAAUCGUGGUCGUGGCGCCGAAUGAAACGACUUGGAUUUGUCCAGAUUAGUUCCGCCGUUCGCUGUGAACCAUGAAACAGGCUGUAGCACAGUAAGAACACGGUGACCACACACGCCGCCCCCCCCCCCGCCCCCCUGCGCUCAGAGCGCCGGUAGGGGGCGCUAAUGUCCGCGUGAAGCGGACGAGGAAGCGGCCACGGAGGCUCCGGCUCCUGCGUUCACCCACACAGUUCGGUUCGGGCUGGGGUUCGGUCCUGCGCUCGGCUUCACCUGCAGCGCUUCCUCUGCUGGAAAUUAGCCGCCGGAGACGCAGCGUGGUCGGGGAGGGCGCGGAGCUCCUGCACCGGGUUCGAGGACACCAUGCGUUACUUCUGGAUACACGCCGCGUGGAUCCCCGGCGUCGCGUUCCUCUUUGGAUUUCAAGGCAAGGGGUCGUUUCAUUCUGUGUUCUUCCUGUUUCAUGUCCUGACGUUUCCCACUCAGACGCGCCGGAGUUACAGGGAGAUUUCAGCCACGGCGGAUGCUUAUUGCGCGCGUGUGCGUCUGAGUUGUGAAGGAUUCCCCGUCCGAAGCGUGGAUAUGCAGCGAGCCACCGACAACAUCACCAUCCGCCAGGGAGACACGGCGAUUAUCAGGUGUUACGUUGACGACAAAGUGUCCAGGGUGGCUUGGCUCAAUCGAUCCAACAUCAUCUUCGCUGGACAGGACAAGUGGUCCCUGGACCCCAGGGUGGACCUGGUCACUAAAGGCCAGCUGGAGUACAGCCUGCGCAUACAAAAGGUGGACGUGUACGACGAGGGCUCGUACACCUGCUCCAUACAGACCAAGCAGCAGCCCAAGACCUCGCAGGUCUACCUCAUUGUACAAGUUCCAGCCAGCAUCUACAAAGUGUCCGAAGACAUCACGGUGAACGAGGGCAGCAACGUGACGCUCAGCUGUCUGGCCAGCGGCAGGCCGGACCCCGCCAUCACCUGGCGGCUGCUCAACCCCUCAGCCGAGCCGUUGGAGGGAGAAGAGUACCUGGACAUUAUAGGCAUCAUGCGGAACCAAGCGGGUCGCUACGAAUGCAAGGCCAGCAACGACGUGGCCACACCCGACGUCAAAUACGUCAACGUGGUCGUCAACUACCCGCCAACAAUAAAGAAAACCCAGAGCUCGGAGACUCCGGUGGGCCGCAUGGGGAUGCUGCAGUGCGAUGCCACCGCCGUGCCCACCCCAGAGUUUGAGUGGUACCGAGACGAGAAAAGACUGUCCAAUGCCCAGGGCCUCAACAUCCAGAUUCUUGGCACCACCACUAUUCUCAUGAUCGCUAACGUCACCGAAGAGGAUUAUGGGAACUACACCUGCGUGGCCUCGAACCGACUGGGAGUCCAGAAUGCCAGCGUUUUCCUCUAUAGACCUGGGACGGGUCGAGAUAUCAACGGCUCUGCCUGCGUAUCUCAAUCACUGUGGCUCCUGUUGGCGUCCUUCGCCUGCCUUUUCUUCAAGUGUUAAUAGCACUGUCCUCCUCCUUCUCAUCUCCCCUCCCUCCUGGCUUCCUUCCCCUCUCCUCCUCCUUUCCUCCAGCUCACCGACAUCCCUAUCGCUACGGUACCUUAUUACCAGCUCCUCCGCCUCCCCGUCCUCCCUCGUCCAGACUGUUUGCAUCAUGAUACAAAAACCUUACGUGCUCUCAAGCACCGCUUAGAGAUAUUACAAAACAUGAUGGGGUACGAGUAAAGUUAUGAGAACAACAAAAAACAUGAUAUGAAGGACAGAACAAGCAAACAGUGAUCCUUUUUUCAUUUCUUCUGUUUUUUUGCUAUAUCUUGUCUUCUGGGUCUGGACCGGGUUUCGGAAUUUGUUGUGUUUUUGCCGUCACGGGAAUGAAAAGCAGAGGCGACUCGCAGUGUCGCCAACAAUCAUUUGUGUCUAGAGGUACUGAGGAUAAAAGGUGUAUUGCUUUCUUUCCCCAUUAUUUUAGCUAAAAUUGGUAAAUAUUAAUGAGCAACAUGCAAAUCUCUGCCAAAUAUAUAUAUGUAUAUGUAUAGAUCUGAUUCUAACACAUGCAGAAAUUAAGGGAAAUGAAUAGGAUCGAACCUAACAUUUAAUCUGAACUAACAUAAUCUGAUUCUACUGACACAACAUCAGUCAGGUCCAAUCAAUGAGGCUGUUUAGCCAGUGUUAGUUAAACUGAGUGAUGUUAAACUGAAAACUAGACUAAAUGUUACUCUAAGACAAAUUAUCACAGAAGGUUCCAACGAUGCAAAGCGUAUGUAACAUUUUUAUUUGUCUUUGAUGAGACAAGUUGCCGAAAGUCGAAAUAGUUUCCGUGUUUGGUGACAAGCGGCCGAACGGUGCAGCCCGACUCACGCCGCUGCACCGGCUUCAGUUACACGCGCUGUUCUCAGUUUUCAUGAGUUUCAGGAUCAUUCUGUGCUGUUGGAAUUUGGAAAAUGAAAAAUGUAUGACACCAAUGAAUGACUUAGGUUUUUUUUCCUCUUAUAAAAGUAUGUGUGGUUUAAUAUGACAUUACACAGAAAAAAAAUCAUAAUAUAUUGAUACAGAUUUUCUUUGCCUUCGCCUCAUUGUGUAUAUAUACUUGAAUCCAAUGUCUUUAUACUAUGAGACAGCAGACUUGGCGUGUCGGUCUCUGAACUGGGCAGCGACACGUAGCUGUCUUCAAAUGAGAACCUGCUCCAUCAUGUGAUCUGAGGCCCGAAAGACAGAAAAAAGACAUUCAUGUGUUGGCUCAGUGUGUUUUCCUGUAGGGGUGGGAGGGAGUGGGGUUAUAAUGGGCUUGUGAUGCGCCUUCACCUGCCUUUUCAUCCAAAUACAGAUUGGUUGUUCAUUAGUGUCAUUAUUUAUUAGGUAUAUAGCUAAAUCGGUUCCAAAAAAUAUAUAUAAGUUAAUCCGAGGAGGUUUUUGCUGCUUAAAGUGAGCACGAUCAGCCACUGAGACGACUGAUGGCCUCCAGAUGCUCAGCGGGUUUGCAGUCUAGACUCUGAAAUGGGCAGCGAUUUCAUUCAAAUCAUUUUUUAUUUUCACUGUAAGAUCAAUAAUAACUAACAGUCAGACUCCUCUGUUUGGGAAAUAACAAGAAUCGGCUCGUUUAUGCUUUUAACUCUUGUUUUUGGCUUCAUUAUUUAGGCUGAGCACAUGACUCCAGCCUGUAUCGAAUAGCGUUAGCUCAUCAGCAGGAGAACAAGUGAAUGAUGGAGCAGCUCCGGUGGGACUGCUCCAGAUCGGUUUGCAUGCGAGCGCUCGGUGCUUCUGUACGCGUCUGUUCCAGGAAGUCUGUCCGUCUGAAAAACAACCUCAGGGCAGAGCAGUGCCGGCCUUGGGCAGAACCCCAGACCAUCACAGCAGGUCCAGUUCGUCCUUCUCAUGAUUAGCAUUUAGUGGCACCUGCUUGACAUUCCCGACGCGUGGAGUUUGGUGCAUCGAGGCAAAUAGUGGAGGGAUGGGCAAUUAUGUGUCAACAGUGAACCGUCUCAUCUAAAAGCCAUGGAGCUUUCACGCAUCAAAAGAGAGACUCGUAGAAAUGCUGUCCUUCCACCGCUCAUAGAGACCAGCAACCAGCCUAUGAACACAGCCCAAGUCCUGUAGACAGACUUGGAGAGACACAGCAUUCUAGUUUACUACUGGCCGUCGCCUCAAGACAUCAGUGUCGCAUCUCUGUACAAAGCCGGCUCCCGUUUGUGUGAGUGUAUUUCCAUGGUUCUGUUUGUUGCUAUGAACCCAGCUGAGAGGCGCUAAACACGACAGCGUGACGCAUGAGGAGCCCAGUGAACGCUGCGUCCGCUGUGGAGCUCUGGUUCCGACCCCCUUUCCCCGUCUCAUCCUUUGUGUGUAUAUACAGUAUGAAAUUUCUACCGUAGAAUGUUGUAAAGUCAGCAAAUCCAUACGGUCGUGUUUAUACAACUCCACGUUUAAAGUUUUCAACAAAAAAAUUUAACUAUCACGUUUGUACUUCCCUUUGGGAAAUUAAGAUUCAAUCAUGGGUUAUGACACAGCAAUGUCCCCUUUUUUCUAUUUUGCUUUACUUUAUUGCGUAUUACGGCAUAAAGUAACUCCAGUUAGUUUUUAAAAGAAAUGUGUAUUAAACAAAAUGUUCAUAACACAAAUUAAAGUUUGAAGUUAAUGUUCUGUAUUUGAAUGUGACUUGAGCUGUUGGGGAAAGUAACAUUUUCUGUUUUGGGAGAUAGCUUGAAACACACUGAAUCUCAAUGGUACUGUUGUGUUUAUCACCAUGUAACAUGCAAAUAAAAUAAUAUAUGUAUUGUUA